AUGAAGUGUCCGGAGGAACAUAGACUGAGUUGCGUGACUUAUUUGUUACGCGAAGAUGCUAAACUGUGGUGGCAAUCAACCUCUCGGGCGAUUGCUGCAGACGAGGACGAAAUCACCUGGACACAGUUUAGAAAAGCGUUUCUUCGAAAAUGCUUCAAAUCAGUGGUGCGAUAUAAGAAGCAAUGCGAAUUCCUAAGCAUAGAGCAGGGAAACAGGUCAGUAGAGGAGUAUGAGCGAGAGUUCACCCGUCUGUCCCGUUUCGCCCCAUUAAUGGUCUCAAUGGAAGAGCUGAAAGUAGAGUGUUUUGUUAUGGGUUUGCGGCCUGAUAUACGAGGGGUGGUGUUAACUCACGAUCCACCUGACUAUGCAACGGCACUCCAACUGGCCGAGACGCUCGAUGUUAAGGAAUAUCCAACAGAAGACACCCAAACCCACCCAAACACAUCGGUUGACCAGAAGAGAAAGAGAGAGCAGACGUCACCUACCUUCUCAAAGGUGUCUGGGCACCAGGCUAAGACAAAUUUAAACCAAGAGUGCAGACAAACAAAGGCUUGCCCACAGAACACGCCACGUAACAGACCGCGUUGCUCGAAUUGUGGGAGACAUCACCCAAGACAGUGUCAGUUUAAGAACAGGGUAUGUUUCAACUAUCACCAAGAAGGCCACGUUGUCGCGCACUGCACCCAAGGGAGAGCAGCUAGUACCAAUAGACCCCCUGGUAACCAACUGUCCUCAAACCUGAGGCCAGCUCCGCAACAAGGGCGAAUGUAUGCUACCACUCGUCAAGAGGCAGAAAACUCCAACACUGCAGUCACAAGUACGCUCUCUAUUCUUGGGUAUUACGCACGGGUCUUAUUUGAUUCAGGGUCAACCCACUCUUUUAUCUCCACUAAUCUUGUAAAACACGCAAGAGUAGAAGUUGAACCACUAGGGUACAGGUUGUCUGUGGGUACCCCAGCAGGGGUAAGUAUGGAAGCCUUCGAGAGGGUAAAGGACUGUCAAUUGUGUGUGUCAAACCACACGAUGGAUGUGACACUAAUAGCCCUAGAUAUGGCCAAUUUUGACGUCAUCUUAGGGAUGGAAUGGUUAGCUAAAAACCAUGCAUCCAUCGAUUGCUUCAACAAGGAGGUGGUGUUCAGACCUCCUGGUCAACCAAGCUUCAAGUUCAAGGGGACUAGGAAGGGAACGAUCUCGAGGAUAGUCUCGGCAUUAAAGCCAAGGAAGAUGUUAUCUCAGGGUGCUUGGGGGAUAUUAGCUCAUGUGGUGGAAUUAGGGUGA